AUGUCUCCACAGCCGCCAUCCAUCAACCCUUUAACGUGGCAGCCGUCACCACAGCCUCUAUCAGACAUGGAGGGCAUGCUGGAUGCAAAUGAGCCAACCGGGUUCAUGCAAGAAGACCCUUAUCUUGAUACAAAUACUGACUACGAAUUCCAACCAUUUCUCUCCGACAUUGGUGAUCCGGAAUGGUCGCAGUGGACAAAUUAUGAGUCACACCUCGUAUCAGCCGCCGAUACACAACCCGGGCAUCUAGAGCAUGAAGAACUAGAGACUUCAGAAAUUGUAUACGAUUCUGCUCCAGCUUUUGCAGAAGAAAAAGUUGACCCAUCCUUGUCGCAACCAAGCCUUACCAAUGUCUCACAGUGGCCUGAUGGGGCAUAUCGUCCUCCUGUGUCAUGCGACCAUUGUCGUAGGCAUCGACUGCAAUGCCUGAUACUUCGCACCACGCCUGCCAAUCCAAAUCCCAGAAAUGCCUGCUCAAGCUGCGUAGCCCUUUUUAGAGAAUGCAGCUUAGCAAAGGGAGAGAAACGCCUCCCGUCGGGCUUUGAAACUUUCUCUCCGGUGUUGGGUCAUCUCCACGGUGUGCCAGAAGAUGGAAACCCGUUGCCCCGUACCACUCUAGACAAUGGUGAUGAACGAAAAGAACCCAAACAGUUUCUCAGAAAAGGAGCUAGAGUUCUCCGUGAGUGGUUCUAUCAAAAUCAAGAAUAUCCUUAUCCAACAGAUGCACAAAAGAAUCAGAUGGCCCAUGAGACUGGUUUUUCCCAAAAGCGCAUAUCAACCUGGUUUGCAAACGCCCGCCGCCGCCAGAAACAAAAGAUCCAGUCUGCGGGACUUUCUUCGACAUCCCGUACCCGCUCGGGCUCCCCCAUGGUCAGCAGUACGCUGUCUUCCCUAACUCCUAUGGAGCGAUGGCAGGCUUCCCCGCCAGAAGAUGAACAUGUUCCAGAAGCGGCAAUUCAAAAUGCCAUUGCCUCCGGCUCGAUAGAGUCGGACGACAGCAUUAACCCGUUCCAGCUCGAUGGGUCUGCAAUGGAUUUCUUCAAUUUCGACGAGAGCUCGUCACAUUUGGCCAUGGAGCUAUCAUUCCACAGUAGACACGGGCUGCCAUUCCCACUACUCCCCAAACGAAUCAAACCCAAACGCAUUCGAGGACGGCAACGAGCAGUCGUAGACUAUCAUUACCAGUGCACGUUCUGUACGCAGUCUUUCAAGAAGAAACACGACUGGGCCCGACACGAGAAAAGUGUCCAUCUCACUCUUGACUCCUGGGUCUGCACGCCAAAUCUUAACGAUGUCCAACAAGCAUUCGAACUCCAGUUUUUUGAAUGCCCUUUCUGCGACGUCCUCUUCCCAACUGCCGCCCAUUGGGAAGAGCAUGAAUUCCAAGUUUGUGCCGAUAAGCCUGCUCAAGAGCGAACAUUCAGUCGAAAGGAUUAUCUAUGGCAGCAUCUGCGCAAGUUCCACAGUUGCACGAAAGUCCCCGUGGCUGACCUCGGAGCCUGGCGCGGAACGGGCGUGAACGUCGAAAGCCGAUGUGGAUUCUGUGGAUGUUCACUGUCUACCUGGCCAGCUCGGGCAGAGCAUCUGGCCGGUCAUUUCAAGAAAGGGUCUCGUAUGGAUCAAUGGGAAGGUGAUUGGGGUCUGGAUGCAUCUGCGUUGAGUGUUUUACGCAAUGCGGUCCCACCAUCUCAGCGAGCUAUCGCAAACAUGUCUAUUUAG